CUGCUGGUUCAGGAAUUGUUUCUUCGUUUGCGAGCAGGCUCUUUGUGUGACAUCUUUUUUCGACUUAUUUUCUAUCUCGUCGCCUUUUCUUUUCCCCCGUUCUUGGGUGAUACACGUUGUACUGUACUAUCAAACUCGCAGUUCCGGCACGUUCCUUAGUUAGAUGACUUGACCACGACAACAGGCGACACUUAGGCCCAAAGCCCUCGCCUGAUUUUGAUUCAACUGGGGCGUCACGAUGUUAGGCAACAUGGACAAUUUUCAAGGCUUCAGUAAUAUGGGCAGUAACUGGCAGAAGAAUACGACCUGGGCAGGAUAUGAAAAUGGUCUCUCGCAAGCUGCUUUCAACGGCACCUCGGCAUUCGGUGUCAUUAACCAGUUCAAAUUCCUUGCUGCGAAGUCGAUACGAACUUCAACGAUUAUCCUCGCCGCAUUCAAUACCAUAUCAGCCUUUGCAACGGCGGCUGGUAUAUUCUACGACUGUUACAUGACAGCAAAGCGAUCAAACCUGGAGGGCAAUAAAAAAGUAAAUAUUAUCCGCUGUGUUCGAGGAUCGCAAACGUACCCUUUCAUCCUAUCCUUGGGCAUCACAAUCCAGGGUAUUAUAUUCGCUGUCUCCCAGUCGUAUGGGUUAAAUGGUCUAUUCAUCCCUGGGUGUGCCAUAAUAUCACAAAUAAUGUGGCCAGCAAUCUUCAUUGUGCCCUACAUUCAGCUAGUCUUUGGACUAGAAGUCGCCUUCCGAGCCCUUAAGAAAAGGCCAUUUCCUCCGAGAGGCAAGUGGAACAUUGCGAUCUGUCUCGUAAUAGUCAAGGUCCUCUUAGUAAUCACUGGCUUAGUCGGCGUCUUCGUUCAGCCGCCGACUUUCUGCUUUGCUUCGCUCUUCUGGUUUGUAGCAAAAUGGGCAAAAGGUGGUUUCGCAAUAUUGCUCAUUAUUACCGUUGUUUUGGCCACUUGCAUCGCCAUCAUAUUCACUAAAUUAACUCGAUACUCGAUCAUUGAGGACUCAGAACGAGUCGCCGCCUCGAGAAUGGUAUUUUACCUUGCCUUGGCGGUAGUAACCAAUGCCUUGAUCGUACCAUUCUUCAUAGAUUUGGUCUUUUCAGAUCCGGUGGAUAACAGCAAUACUGGACUGACAUUAUCCAUGAUCUCGAGCGUCGUAGCCAACGUCACGGGUCUUAUGACGGGUGGUCUUCAUCUAUUUCUUCGAUCCAAUACGAUUGGCACAAUCGGUCACAAAGACAAGCUCACCGAGCACGACCGCCAAAAACUAGGAUAUCAAACCCAAAUGAAAGGAUCAAGUAGUAUGGAUUUCAAUGGACAUAUGCUUCAGCCAGUGUCGGGUCCCCAGAUCCUAUCGAGAAUGGACAGCCAGGUAAACCUUAUAAGUGAGAAGGGUGACAUUGAGGAUCGCGGAGAAAGUCCAUUUUCCAGGAAUCCCCUGAAGUCCAACGCGACGUACGAGGUUGCAAAUCCACCCCAAGUCUCAGAGCUCGCUCAAGUCCCUCCAACCCCCUCAACCAAUAUGCACGGCCGAAGGCCGUCGACUUCCUACAACCUUUUCCCCGGCAAGAACCCAGACAACACUACCUCAGUAGCGUUAUUACCAUCCACAGCCUACAAUCCGAAUAUACAAUCAAGCCUGGCUGCGCCUAACCCUACAUUCAAUUUCGACUUCGAAGAUGCUCUCAGGCCACCCCCAUCAAUAUAUGCUCGCCAUAAACGAGAUUCUUCGAUGUCUUCUUCAGCAACCGUUCAGAUUGGCCUACGGGUUUCGAACCUUGCUGACAUUGGGCCAAUGCCUAAGCUUUCAGCAGAGGCCGAGAGACUGUACUCUUUAGACUACCCCCGAGGCGAAGAAAUGAUCAAUAGUUAUCGGCCAAGUCCCCUCGCUACCUUCGCUACGUCGAACGUUCCACCGCCGCAAAACCCUAUUCAUCGAAGAGAAUCUAGAGAUAAGAAUCUUCCACCAACACCCACCACAUCCGAGGCCGAGGCUAGCGAUUGCACCUUAAGUCCCGCGGUAUACAAUCCAAAUAGUCCCACAAAAACAAAAACACCAAGCCCGAGGGGCGUUGGGUUCAGUGUCCCUCGAAGGGUAAAUACCACGCCAAACCAAGGUGCCCCUACACAAUUACCUACUAGGAGCCGCGGUAACUCUAGCAGUGCUGCAGAGAACAGAUCCGAUUGGAUCUAAGAUCUGACGCCAAAUUUUGUAGCCUCUGCUUCUGGGGCUACAUAAGAAUUUGGAAGCAUCCGCUAUGUACUAACAAUAACAGUUUCUUUUCGAAGAGACAAUCCUUCCUUCGUUCAAUUUCUUCGAUCUUAUCUUCUUAACUGAUUUCCUUUUUUUCAAUUCGACUC